UACACCGUGGCAUCAAGAUGGGUGGUUGUCUUAGGGUGGUGCCUGCUGCCUUCAUGGCCGUGGCGCUCGUCGCCGUCGCCGUCGCCGUCUUCCCCUCGUCGGCUGAGCCGGAGGCCGCUGCCUCCCUCCGCGGCGGGCCAUUCGACUCCAUCUUCGCCUUUGGCGACUCCUUCACGGACACCGGCAACAACCCCGUCGUGUGGGGCUGGUACAACGUCUUCGACGAAGUCAUGCGCCCUCCCUACGGCAUGACUUUCUUCGGCGGCCGCCCCACCGGCCGCAGCAGCAACGGCCGUCUCAUCGUCGACUUCAUUGCCCAAGGCCUGGGUUUGCCUCUCGUGCCACCAUACCUAUCGCACAAGGGGAGCUUCCGGCAGGGCGCAAACUUUGCCGUUGGCGAAGCCACCGCCCUCAGCUCCAGCUUCUUCCACUUGGGGGAAACGGACAUCAGCCUCCAAGUGCAGCUUGGGUGGUUCGAGGAGCUCAAGCCUUCACUUUGCAAAACGGAACAAGAGUGCAGGGAUUUCUUUAGCAGAUCUCUCUUCUUGGUGGGCGAAUUCGGGAUCACCGACUAUCACAUAUCCUUUGGCAUGAGAAAAAGCAUGCAAGAAAUCAAAGCCUUCAUCCCAGAUGUCAUCCAGACCAUCUCCAUGGGCGCCGAGAGAGUGAUCCAGCACGGGGCAAAGACUCUGCUGGUCCCCGGGAUGAUCCCGUCCGGAUGUGUGCCAUCGAUCCUCGUCGCCCUCGCCGACACCGAUGCGCCGGAGUACGACGCCACCGCCACUUGUCUCAAGGAGCCCAAUGAGAUCGUAAUGAUCCACAACUCGUUGUUGCGGGAUGCCAUCGAGAAGCUCCGAGCGGAGCAUCCCGAUGUGAGUAUCAUCUACACCGAUAUGUUCAACCACGUCAUGGAGAUGAUCAAGUCGCCUGAACGAUUCGGGUUUAAAAGAGACGUUCUUACCGUUUGCUGCGGAGGACCUGGGAGGUACCACUACAACCUGUCGGUCGUCUGUGGCGAUGAAGCUGCAACCACAUGUGAGGAUCCAUCCACCCGUCUGUUCUGGGACGGUGUCCACCUGACGGAGGCGGCUUACCACUACAUCGCUGAAAAUUGGCUCAACACCGUAGUAGGCAGCGUGUCUGCAAGAGCUAGCUCUUAAAUGAGCAGCUGCCUAUGGUCGAAUGUGAUUCAUGGAGUCAUCGAUACAGCUGUGGAAUUGCACUGUUGCAGUAGUACUGGACCAGAGCAGUGGAUCAUAACGACACUGCAAACUUCAAUAAGAUGGUUGUAGUAAAAUGAGUUUAAAUGGACUGUCGUUGAAGAAACUUGUUAUUGUGUA